AUGGGGCUGUUGGAUGAAGACACGGCAUUCCACUCCAACAUACCUGUGCCACUAGAUAUAACGGUGGCUGUGGUGUACUCUGUUUUUGGAGUAUGUUCACUGUUUGGCAACAGCACGCUGCUAUACGUAUCCUACAAGAAAAAGCACCUCCUCAAACCGGCCGAGUACUUCAUCAUCAACCUAGCUGUUAGUGACCUGGGCCUCACUCUGUCCCUUUACCCAAUGGCGAUAACAUCAAGCUUCUACCACAGGUGGCUGUAUGGGAAAACAGUUUGCUCCAUAUACGCUUUUUGCGGUAUGCUGUUUGGCCUCUGCAGUCUGACCACUCUAACCCUGCUAAGCAUGGUGUGCUUUGUGAAAGUAUGUUAUCCACUCUAUGGAAACAGGUUUAAUCCUGUUCACGGAUGUCUGCUGAUUGCCUGUGCUUGGGUCUAUGCCUUGUUAUUUGCCUGCUCCCCACUGGCCCAUUGGGGGGAAUAUGGACCAGAGCCUUACGGUACCGCUUGCUGUAUUGACUGGCGCCUGUCCAAUCAGCACACCACAGCACGCUCCUACACUGUGGCGCUGUUCAUCUUCUGCUACAUCCUUCCAUGCUGUGUUAUUGUGGCAUCCUACACAGGAAUUCUGAUCACAGUGCAUACAUCCCGCAAGACCAUGGAGCAACAUGCGUCUAGGCAGACGCACAUGAGCAGCAUCCAGACAAUUAUUGUUAAGCUAAGUGUUGCUGUCUGUAUCGGUUUCUUUGCGGCGUGGAGUCCGUACGCUGUGGUGUCCAUGUGGGCUGCUUUUGGACAAAUUGAGAGCAUCCCUCCUCUGGCAUUUGCCAUGCCCGCCAUGUUUGCCAAGUCCUCCACCAUCUACAACCCCAUCAUCUAUCUGAUGCUGAGGCCAAACUUUCGCAGGAUGAUGCGCAGAGACAUGGGUACUCUAUGCCACGCCUGUCUGAGGAGCUGCCUCUGCUCCCAGUGCCCAGCAAACUGCUGCUCUAAGCCAGAGAUCAGGGUCAGACUUCGCACCGUCCACAGACAGACUGACCAAUUCCCCUCAUCCAACUCCUCCGCUCAACCUCCUAUCGAAGCAUUAAAGGAUCACAGCUGUGAAAAAUGCAAGGAUGCAUUUGAAUGCUUCAAACACUACCCUCAAAUGUGUGGUGUCAGUAACCCCGCUGCUAACGGAGACUUGUCUGAGGAUCAAGACACACCAGUUCCCCAAACACAUAAGCAAAAAACCCAAAGUGUGUACCACAAGAAGUCUCUGCUGGCCACCAUGUGUGCAAAAAGGACAUCAGAAAGAGACAACCUCCAUAUUAAUUUAGAGAUGGUUCCAGGGCAUGCAAAAGUGGCUUGGCCCUGAUAUUUCUCUCAAUUCAUUUAACAGUGUUUACAGAAUAUCUCGGGACAUAUUUUGCAGGUUAUGUUCUUUAAUUUCAGGAAACCUUGAUCAGGAUAUAAUUAGCAGCCAUAGAACGUAUUAAUUUUUUGUUGCUCCCUAAGCAUUACUUUGGCUAUGAUAUGACAAUAGCUUCGAAGGUAAAGGCAAACAGCUUUAAUUUGAAAGGUAUCUUGUUUGCAACCUAGAUUGCAAACCAUAAAAAAUCUUAUUGUUAUCUUUUUUAGGUGUUGCAACCUACCUUAAACAAUCCUUUUUUUCCACUUAAAUAUUCAGCUGUCUCAAAAAUCUCUUGAAGCAGUCUCUAGAUUCUGUAUAUCUGUUUUACCUUGGAUUUAAUGACAUGCUGAUGAUGUAUCACUAAUAUUUCUAUAGUUACCAGGAAGUUUAAUUGAUAUAGUAUCUUGAGUUUCACCGUUCUACAUGCAUUAGGUGAUAUCCAUGGUCAGAUUUAAAUGUUAGGGACUCUAUUUUGGUUAAGUAUUACAAUAACAUACCCAUAUCUGUACGUGAGAACUGAAAGCAAUCUCAUUUCAAAAGCUGGUAACGCUUCCUGUGCCAGCCCAAGUAUUGUUUACACGUGACAAAUGCAGGUAUAUAGUUUAUGGUGCUUGACCAGUUAUCUAUGUACACACUGGGUACAACACAACGCUGCGGAAUGAUACCAUUAUUAUGGCAUGGUACAAUAUUCUCUGUCAAUCUAAAUUCAUUCAUUAGUGGACAAAGAUGACUAAGUUCAUGUUGUCUCUAAUUGUUAUUGUGUGUGUAUCUACUGUGUAAAUAAACGUGACUGGAAUGGGAGUUGGGCAAGUACUCAGGACCAAAUCCAUCUUUAACACCACUGUUUCUGUUUUUCAGUUGCAUUUCCUUUGCAUCAGCUGAUUCCACUAUUUCAUUUAAUCCAACUGAAAUAAUGGUGUUUUACCAAUUUUUAAAUGACUUCUUUCUGUUGUACGUCUCAUGUUGCAAAGCAAAGCGCUUUUGAGGAAUAAAAGUAGUUAAUUAGAUUUUAUCUAUCGAUCAGCAGGGUGCCAUUUUAACAGCAUCUGUAGAUCUGAGAAUGGAUGCAAUUACUGUUUAGAAAACAGAGAGCUUGCCCACAUUUGGGUACCAGAACUCAAUCAUUAAUCCUUAAUGGCAUAAAGGGAUUAACGUUCUUACAUUUCGUGAACAGAUUAUUAAACUCACCAGGUUAAAAAAUAGCUGUUUGAUUUGCAAAAACAUAUUAUCAUCACAUCUGUAAUCCAUUAAAAUGGUCAAUUAAAAUGUGAUUUUUUUAGUGACAACAGUUAAAGGGAAAAUUUGUCUUCCCGUUGAGUACAUUUGGGUGAGUUAAAGGAGAUUAUCGGGACCAAAUAACUGUUUAAGUUUUGUACACUCAGGAAUAUCAAUCUACUAUUCCAAAGUAAAGUUAAGUUUAGUAAUUUAGUAAUUACAUGCAGAGCUUUCCACAAUGUAGAUUGUAGUUUUAAUGCAACUGUAUUGUAGUUUUGUAGACAAAAGAUAGGUCAAACAAUACACAUUACAUAUUUAUAUGAACAAGGCUUAAGUCAGGUUUUUACUGUGUGUCAACUGACUUGUAACUCAGUCCUGUGGCUCGUGUCAGUGGCUUGGCAGGGUAGUGUGCUUAGGAGGGACAUGA